UACGGCCGCAGUGGCUACAACAAGAGUGACGACGAUGAGGACAACCGCAAGCUCGCCAACUUUGGCCGCAGCGGCUACAACAAGAGCGACGGUGACGAUGAAGACCGCAAGCUCGUCAACUUCGGCCGCAGCGGCUACAACAAGAGCGAUGAUGACGACGAG